GGACGUUAAGCCAUUGAUUCUGUCUUUUAGAGUUGCCACUGAAACUUCCGGCCGCAAUAUGCAGCUGUCUCGUCGUUGAUUGCUGUUUGGAAAAAUCUGCCGCUUCUUCUUCAAUUCUUCUAACAAAGGAUUUUAGUAAGGAGAGAUGGACCUAAACCAUACCAUGGUGGCUGAUGUCCGAGGUUCAGAACCUGUGGAAUUUGCAGAUACUGCUUCUGAUGUUGAAUACAUUAAAGUUCAAGUUGAUCACAUGGUCUCGAAGGUUGAUCAGUUUGAAAAACUACUUAAUGGCAUUGAACAAUUCUACUCAAAUGCAAAUAAAAAACAGCAAAGUGCCAGUACCACAAGAGGUGCCUCACUUCUGAAAGAUAAGGACAAACAACUGGCUAGCUUUAAAAGAAGACAGCAGGAUGCAGCACGUAGAGAAGCAGCUGCAGCCAAGAGAAUGCAAGACCUUAUGAAACAAAUGGGCACAAUUAUUCGGCAGGUGUGGAUGGUCUUGUGCGAAAUCCUUUCCUGGUGCUCCUGAAUUAACCGAAAUUUCAGAACUGUUUCUUUAGCUGAUUAUUCUAACUUUGAUUGUGAGUUCAGUUGCGUGUCCUGAAUGACGUCUGUGGGAUCACAAUAUCCUAGGAUAUAGUUCGAUAACCACUUUGUCCGGAUGUUCUCUUGCUCUUGUAGAAUGUAAAGAUAGGAACAAGGAACAUGAUAUUUUCUGGAUUUGCACUCACUUUUUAGAUACAACUUUACUUUCUGUGGGCCAAAGCUCUCUUGUUCAUGGAGUACUUGGAUCAAUAUCACUCUAACUGGGAAAGUUCUUCGUUUUUUGGGUGCCUCUGUUUCUUUCUUUGGGAUAUUGAUGUUAGUCCAUACGUGGAAGAUAGUUCCAAAUUAGCCCGUCUUUAUAGGUGACAUUAAAGAGAGAUUCAGUAAAGCAUGAUUGUAAAGUUGACUUAUAAUUCACUGACAGGUUACUUCUGCUCAAACGAAGUUAAGUGAUGGUUUAAUUUUGAUACUAUAGGGGUGUACAUGGUCGAAAUGAAGUUUGAACUGUGAAGUUUUAUUUGCAAACAUACUUUCUUAACAGUUCUUGGGAGUUGUACAUUAUUGGCAGGAAGUUCUUAACAGCAGUUUCCUUAUAUUUUUUUGUUAUAUGUUGUUUUUGGGUCCUGGAUAGCUGAAAUGUAUGUGUAACUUUUGCUUUGUUUACCCACAGAUCACUCAGAGCAAGUUGGCCGCACCUUUUAUGGAGCCGGUUGAUGUUGUAGGGCUUGAAUUGCACGACUAUUAUGAUAUUAUUGAGAAACCCAUGGAUUUCAGCACAAUUAAAAGCAAAAUGGAAGCCAAGGAUGGUACUGGGUAUAAGAACGUACGUGAGAUAUACUCAGAUAUUAGGCUGAUUUUUAAGAAUGCGAUGACAUAUAAUGAUGAAAGGGAGGACGUGCAUGUAAUGGCCCAGGCAUUGCUGGGGAAAUUUGAGGAGAAAUGGAUUCAAUUACUGCCAAAAGUUGAUGAAGAGGACAAAAAGCGUGAAGAAGAGGAAGCAGACUCUCAGUUUGAUAUGCAUCUAGCACAGGAGGCUGCUUAUGCCAAAAUGGCUAGGGAUCUAAGCAUUGAGCUAGAUGAGGCAGAUAUGCAUCUGGAAGAACUUAGGGAACAUGUACUAAGAAACUGCAGGAAGAUGUCUACUGAAGAGAAAAGAAGACUUGGUGCUGCCCUCACCCAAUUGUCUCCUGAAGAUCUAAACAAAGCUUUGUUAAUCGUUUCUCAAACUGAUCCAAGCUUCCAAGCAUCAGCUGAAGAAGUAUUUCUUGACAUGGACGCUCAGAGUGAGUCCACUCUGUGGAAGCUUAAGUUAUUUGUAAAAGAAACUCUGCAGACGGGCAAGACUCCUGCAAGUGCUGGGGGACCUAACAAUACAAACAACGCGAACAACAAUAGCAACAGCAACAAUAACAAAAGGAAGAGAGAAAUUUCUGUUGCCCUUGCCAAAACCAAUCAGAAAAAGGCCAAAAAGCCCUGUGUCUAGUUUAGCGUAUCGAUGUAGUGCCCUGGACUUGCUAUAUAGCCUUACUGGUCGUUUUCAAUCUUGUAAAUCAAACUGAAGGUCUCAUAAGAUACAAUAUGGCCCCUAUGACAGGUAUGGGUUGUAGCCAAGGUGGAGGGGAUUUUUUUUUUUCCCUGGUUUGUUCUUGUAGAGCAAUGUUUUUAACCCAGCAGGAAUGAAUUGAAGAUUUUCAUUUUACUGACGAGAAAGUAGGCUUCUUGAUACAUUGAUGGUCGGUCUUUUUAUGGUGGUCAAUGUAAUAUAUAUGUACACAAUGUGAUAUUACUAAUACAACUGUAGAGACGUUUUUAAUGCUUUCUUAUUUCAGAAAUUUCAUAUCAGAGUGAGAAUUUUGUUGGG